AUGUCCGGCCAAAUUCCACCAGUUCCGAUGCCUUCGGGCGAAAUUGUACAGCCGUACAAUCCUCUGAAUGCGGCGAAUAGUGAACCUAAUCCCAACUCACAACCCACCGUUCAAUCUCAACAUCUGUUAUUUAACCACCCCAAUCCUCCUAAUUACUGGUUUCCUCCCCCUGGCAUCCCUCAAGCUGCCUUGUUCGCAGCUUACCUUCAAGCUGCGCAGGCGGCUGCCUAUACUACACCACCCUUCAUGAAUUUGACUCAAACCGUUCCGACUUCUUCUCCUUUCUUGAAUUUUACUCAAACUGUUCCUCAACCCGUUUCUCAACCCGUUCCGACGUCUUCUCCUUUCUUCAAUUUGACUCAAACCGAACCUCAUCCUCCACCCGUUUCUUCACGAACUGUACCUGUACCUUUCAUCAAUUUGACUCAAACCACGCCUCAAACACUUUCUUCCGUUCCUUCGACUCAAACCGUUCAGUCCCCUCAGGACUUCGACAUCGGUACCUUUGACUCAGGCUUCGACUUUGCCUCAAGUUGUUCAAACCUCGACUCAAACCUCGACUGA